CAUUUCUUUUCUCUCCCCCCCCUAUUGUGCGCCGCUGGCUGGAGCCUGAAGUGGGCGUCGCUCCAGGACAGGACAGGCUGGGCUGCUCCGGCGCGCCGCCGCCGGCCGCCGGCCGCCGCCCGCUCUCCUCUCGCAGGACUGCAGCACUCUCGUGCCGCUUCUUAUUUGUGGGUCGGCCGGUGUCUGAAUCGGCGGAGACUUGUGCACAGUAAAAGAUAAUGGAUGAGUGUGUGUGUGUGUGGGGGGGGGGGGUUCUGUGUGGGCACCGUGGAGGUUCUGCAGCCGGGCGUCGCGUCGUGGGUCGUCGGGCGCUGCGGUCGAGCCUGUCAGCGAACAUCGCAUAAUCACAAGUGAGAGCGUGUAAAACGAGGAGUGCUCCGCGGCUAAAUAGGUUCACGUAGAAGAAGAGGAACUACCCUGCAAACAAGGCAGCCUCAGAGGUGGUUCAACACCGCCGACAUCACAGUGUCUCACCAGAGCAACUUGCUGAAGCAGCUCAACCAGCAGCGCCGGCAGGAGCUCUUCUGCGACUGCAGUGUGCUGGUGGAGGGCCAGCUCUUCAGGGCCCACCGCAACGUCCUGUUCGCCAGCAGCGGCUACUUUCGCAUGCUCCUGUCCCAGGGGCCCGAUGGGCUGUCGGAGUCCGUCAACGCCACCUUCGAUGUCUUCAGCCCGGAGACCUUCACCGUCAUCCUGGAUUUCAUCUACUCGGGCCAGCUGGACCUGUCCAGUCACAACGUGAUUGAGGUGAUGUCCGCAGCCAGCUACUUGCAGAUGAACAACGUCAUCAGCUACUGCAAGAACUUCAUCAAGUCCUCGUUGGACAUCAGUGUGAAAGAUGAAGACAGUGACCGCUGCCUCAGCUUGUCUGAGACCUGCAGCUUCACCAGUGGAGCAGGCGAAGAGGCCUCGGAGCAGCAGCAGCAGGGGGGCCCCUGCUCAGUCAGUCCACCACCUGCGCUCUGGACCAGGGAUAACUCCAGAUCCCAGUCUGGCUUUUUGGGCAAGGACAUAGACCAGGAGGCUUUAUCCUUAGUCAUGAAGACAAACCCAAACAGCCCUGCUAAUGAGCUCAGUGCAGAGGCAGAGGACCUGCAGGACCCCCUGGACCCUCUGUACACCUUGCCCGGACCAGAGUGCCGGCGAGGUAAAGGAGGAACCAAGAGGAGAGCGCCCAACAGCGCCCACUCCAACCAGCACGAGGACUUGGACAUCGAGGAGGCGAGGACACAAAAGGCUGAGAAGGCAGAGGAGCUGUAUGCAACUCUACCACAGAUUGUCGGUGUGAUGGGACAUUUUAAUAAAGACUCCAACCCCAUCAUGCGCUUCAAAUGCCCCUUUUGCACCCACACGGUGAAGAGGAAGGCGGACCUGAAGCGUCACUUGCGCUGUCACACUGGGGAGAGGCCAUACCCCUGUCAGGCCUGCAAUAAACGCUUCACUCGCCUCGAGCACCUCCGUAGCCAUUUUGAGACGAUCCAUCAAGCCAGGAAGCUGGUGUGCAGGAAGUGCAAGUGUCAAGUGACUGAGGAGACGGGGCAUGUGGUGUGUGAGGGCACGCGGCGCUACCGCAUGUGCACCGUGUGCAUCCAGGAAGUGGGCUGCGACAACAUCCCCAUGGACGGUCUAGAGGGGGCCAACGACGAGCCGGCCCUGCUGCUGGGCGUGGACGGGGAGGAGGAGGGGGACAGCAAGAGGAGCUGGAUGGUAACCGACGACGACGAUGACCUGGCUGAGGACUCGGGGGCUGACCUCAUCAUCCAACAAGUGGACGACAGCGACGAGGAGCUGCAGUGAAAUGGGACCAAAGUGUAUGUGUGUGUGUGUGUGUGUGUGUGUGUGUGUGUGUGUGUGUGUGUGUGUGUGUGUGUGUGUGUGUGUGUGUGUUUGCGCGCGUGUUAAAUCCAUGCAAUAGAAUUUAUGCAUAAAAACAAAUGAUCCACUAAUGUAAAUACACACAUUUAUGAUGUAUUAGUUGAUACAACUGGUUAUCUGCCAUCUUUACUUUCAAUGGGAUUUUUGACCUUUUUUGACAAAAUAUGGAAUGCUUUUUGUUAAGCCUCAUAAAGAUAUGCACUAUCCAAAGCAUGCAUAUUCAGUGUUUCCUCUGCUUCUAUUAUAUUUAUAUUAUUACUCUUUCAAAGACUGUUUUUUUUCAUAUGCAUGGAAGAACACCUUUGUACUUUAUCGGGACUCUGCUUUGAUUGCUGGUGUCCAAGCAAAACAAAGUGACAGAAUGGUGAAUCUACUAUUUCUCUACUCCGUGUAGUGAAAGCUGAGAGAAGACUUUUUUCCCUUUUCCACGUUUCACAGUUGCAAUUCUUUUUAUGAGUAUGUAUGAUUAUGGUAUACACUAUUAUAUGAAGCCAAUUAUAAUUUAUUUGUGUCUUUGUUUUUUACUUUUUUGACAUAUUAAAGAUAUUUUUAUACAAGUUUG